AUGCGGCUUUUGUCGCGAUUAUCCCUGGUCCUAACUGGGGCGAGAGGGGUGUUGGCUUCGUGCACUGCUGGAGAAUGUCCAGAUGCUGUACGAGAUGCGAAGGACGCAGAACCGAGCUUGCUUCAGCUCCAUCAUCAAGGUAAGUCUUGGUGCACCGCAAACGGACAGGAUCCUUGGGCAAGUGGCCAGCGAGUGGACUGCUGUGCGGGCUUGGACCUGUGUUUCGGCGAGCACCAGAACGGACCAAGCUACCGCUGCGAGUCCUCAUGUGGCGUGGGCAGCACUCCUUGCACGCCGAAGGGCCAGGAUCCUUUCCAGACCUCCAGCCUGGUGGAAUGCUGCUCCGGGCUGGAGAUGUGCAUGGGUCAGUAUGGCAGCAGUGAAGCCUUCAGCUACCGCUGCUUCGAACAGUGUCCAGCCAGCUGCACGCAGAAGGGCGACAACGUCUACCAGACUGGACGACAUGUUCCCUGCUGCGGCGGCCUCGAGGAAUGCUCAGGAGACUGGAACAUGGAUGGCCAGUGGUCGCACAGGUGCUUCAACAAGUGCUGGAUGGGGGAGUACCACCCCCACUUCGACACCACCCCGGACUAUUUGGACAUCGCGGCCAGUGCUAGGGGCGUCCGAGGCAACGAUGGAGAGCUCUCCGACAAUUACUAUCUGGUGAUCGGCGACAAUGGAGGCUGCGCCGGCGGCUGCGAUGGCUGCUGUGGAUGGCAGUGGCAGGUGGCCAACAAAAUGAAGGAGUACGUGCGCAACCGGAAGGCCGCCAACCCCAGGUCCACGCUGCUCUUCAUCCUGCUGGUGGGUGACAACUUCUAUUGGACCGGGGCGAGCCCGGGCCGCUUCGAUGCCACGUGGAAGUCGGUGUACCAGGAGCUCGCGGAUUACCCCUGGUUCGUGAUCCUCGGCAACCACGACUUUGGCAACGACGACCCAGACUGCCUCUGCCCUUUCUUCCAUGAGAGGGCCCGCUGCACCGCUGCUGACGCCACGGCUGCUGGUUGUGGCGGUGCCAAGCCGUACUCCAUCGCCAACCAGUCGUAUGCUUGCAACCAGCUGAAUGCCGACAAGGGCGGUGUGGACGGAGACUUGCGCAGGAACUUUCACAUCCCUGACUUCACCUUCUUCUACACGAUCCCAGAGCUGGACUUCGAGUUGAUAGGCCUGGACUACAACUGGUACGAUCGCCAUGGGAUCGGCGGCAACGGCUACGGUCCCUCGGGCGGCGGGCGCGGUGUGGCCAAGUCGUGUGGCGGCGUAGAGCGUGUGGAGGACAGCCUGGCGCGGCUCCGUGACGCCUCCAACAAGAUCCUCGACGAACGGGCCAAGGCGGCGGCCUGGACCAACUAUGCCCUCAUUAGCCAUUACCCCGACUGGGCGCAAGAAGGAAUCAACCUCCGACACAAGUUUUUGCAGGGGAUGCAUCAAGAGCAAGCUGCGCAGAAGCGCGUGCUGAACUUCUACGGCCACACGCACAUCCAGCAGUGUGACCGGCACGCCGACGAGCAGGAUCCCAAUCUCUGCACCGACAUCCUCACUGGCGGUGCGGGUGGCUGCUGUGGAGACAAGCCCGCGGGCUUCGUUGCCGUGACCUGGAACAAGGAUGGCAAGAUGACAAACGAGUGUUUCCUGGAAAAGGACUGCACGAUUUGGGAGUGGAGCUUGCUCCAGGACAACGCGACGCGCUCGGCCGCGAAGCCGACGAAUGUCCGUGCCGAAGGCAAGCAGGAGGUCUGCCACAAUACCGUGGACGACCCCCGGUGCCCAGGAUAUGCUGGACCCCUGAAGCUGUAG